AUGUCGAGCAGGUAUCACAAAGCAGCAGCCGACGGCAAUCUGGACCUCUUGAAAGAAGCCACUAGGAAAGACCUCAAUACUUCAGAUGAAGAUGGGAUGACACCUACUCUUCUGGCAGCAUACCAUGGGUAUCUAGAAGCUCUGGAAGUCAUAUGCCGGCGGGGAGGUGAUCCGGACAAGUGUGACAUCUGGGGGAACACUCCUCUGCACCACGCUGCUGGCAAUGGUCACAUCCACUGUGUUUCUUUUCUGAUCAGCUUCGGUGCCAAUAUCUUUGCUCUGGACAACGACCUCCGCACGCCCCUGGAGGUGGCCGCCAGCAGAGACCGCAAUGAAUGUGUCAGUAUCCUGGACAAAGCUGCCACCGAGCAGAACAUGCUGAACCCAAAGAAGGUCUCCAAACUCAAAGCUCAGGCCCAGAGGAAUGUGGAGAAACAAAUCAAGGAAUGUGAGAAGCGCCAAGAGAAACACCAGUAUGAAAUGAACCGGAAUUAUAUGAAAGAAAAAGUUGGCACAGUAAACUCUUCUGGAGGGACGCACUCCAGAGUAAAGUUGCCUAGUCUCUUUGCUUCAAAUACAGUAAGUUCUUUCUCCAAAAAUCUGAAAGAUACCUUCAAAUUGAAAGCAAAAAAGACAGCUGACAGCACAAGAAGCCAGGAAACACAAAGCAAUGAUGAAGAGCAUGGUAUGGGUAGGAGAACUGUGAUGCAUUUGUUCGAUGAGAAAGAGGAGGAUGAAUUACUGAAUGACCUUGGAGAGAAAAACUUCUCUGAUAAUGACAGUCAGCUCUCCAUUUUCCAGCGGCCAGGUCUCGGCAAGAUUGUAUUUGGAAGAAAUUUGGCUGCAAAUGUAGAUCCUGGAACUGUGUCUUCUGAUAAAGAAGGUAUAAGCUUUAAAAUGUCCAGUGAGCUCUUUCACUAUGAAAAUGCUGAGAACGGCAAGGAAGAUGAUGCUGAAAAUGGUCCCGAUAUCCCUUGGCAUGAGGAAGAAGUCAUUUGGGAUGACGGGGAAGCAGACAACACGCCCCUUGAGGUAUUUCUGGCAUCACAGAUGCUGGAUGAGUUUCUUCCAGUCUUCAUGAGGGAAAAAAUUGAUUUAGAUGCCUUGAUGCUAUGUUCUGAUCAAGAUCUACAGAGCAUUCAGAUGGAGCUUGGGCCAAGAAAGAAAGUCCUGAAUGCUGUGAACAAAAGAAAAGAGGCGUUCAAGAACCCUGGAAAGGCUGUAGAUACUCGCUUAUAA